CACCGCAGGCCUCAGGGGCGGAGCCGGAAGUGGGGCAUUGAGAUCUCCAUCUCCACCUCCGCGCCCGUGAGCCGGCUGUUCCCCCGCUUCUGUUCCUAGUCCCCCAAUUCUGAUCCCCGGAGGCCGGAGCCCUUAGCCUGGGCGGGGUGGCGCGGACCGGAAGGACGCCAUCCCGGCCUCGGCCAUGGAGGCUCCCGCGCCGUUCCUCACGGAGGAGGACUUGACUGAAGUGAAGAAGGACGCUUUAGAGAAUUUACGUGUUUACCUGUGUGAGAAAAUCAUAGCUGAAAGACAUUUUGAUCAUCUACGUGCAAAAAAAAUACUAAGUAGAGAAGACACGGAAGAAAUUUCUUGCCGAACUUCAAGUAGAAAACGGGCUGGGAAGUUGUUAGACUACUUACAGGAAAACCCCAAGGGCCUGGACACCCUUGUGGAGUCCAUCCGCAGGGAGAAAACGCAGAACUUCCUCAUUCAGAAGAUAACGGACGAGGUGCUGAAGCUUCGGAAUAUAAAACUGGAGCACCUCAAAGUUGCAGGUUCUGUUGUAGGCCUCCAGUGCAGCAGCUGCGAGCCCUUCGCAGCGGGAGCCACCACCAACCUCUCCAGGUCCAAUUCAGACGAGAGCACUCUCUCCGAGAAGCAGCGGGCAUCCAGCGUCAUGUACCACCCGGAAGGAGAGUCCAGCACGGCGCCCUUCUUCUCCACUGAGUCUUCCCUGAAUUUGCCAGUCCUGGAGGUCGGCAGAACUGAAAACAGCAGCUUCUCUUCAGCCACUCUUCCUCGGCCCGGGGACCCUGGGGCCCCCCCUUUGCCCCCAGACCUUCGGUUGGAAGACGGGGGAAGCUGUGGAAACUCGAGUGAGAUGUUUCUCCCCUUACGGUCACGGGCUCUGUCACGCCAGUGACACACCACAGCCCAGGUGUUUUAAUAGGGAUGCAAAGUGGAAUGAAGGAUGUCGUCUGUGUAUAGAAACCGUGGUGACAGGUCACUCACUUUUGAAUCACAGUGUACACAUUCUCUGUAAAUAGGAUUGUUAGUAAAGAAGCACACUCAGGCGGCGCGGUAUUAAUCAUGGUGGUUGAGUACUUUCCCAUAAUGUCCUUUCUUUUUUAUUAUUUUUAGGUAUUUUAGUAUUUUGAACUUUUGAUAAGACUAAUUUUAUCGGAAUAUUUCUCAAUUUGAGAAAAUAACUUGCGGAUUGAGAAUAAUGUUUCUUAGCACAUUUAUGCUACACAUUUUCAGUCCGAUUGUUUUUCCCAGUGAUCUGGCAGUACAUUUUAGCAGUAAACGGUUCUGACUUCCAGGAAAGCUGCCGACACACUCAGGAGAAUGUCCCGCUCCCUGGUUCUGAGAAGCCCUCGGGUUCUGAGGAAACACCUGAUGGCAUCGAGCCUUGUCACCUCCAUUGGCCAAAACUUGUUUUAUACUAAAAUCUUACCUUGCCAGUGUGAGUGUCUUCCCUUUACAGGCCUUGUGUCCCAGUCUGACCCUAAAGAAUGUCUUCCGGGCGGGGCCUCACUGUGGUCGGUUAACAUGCUUGCUCUGAGCCUCCGCGCUCUCUCUCGCUGAGCACUGCCUUGGAGUUUGGGUAAAGUCAGCAGAGUGUGCGUCAGGAUUUGCAUCACGCGGCCACCAGCUCCAUCUGUGUUUUUACUGUAUUACAAAGUUUGACUAACAUUGAUUACAUUUUUAAAAAGUGCUGAUUCUUUUCAUUUAAAUUAUAAUUUUACCUAUUUCCUGACAUCUAACUCCUAUAUAUUUCUAUUAUUUAAAAAUUAAGAAAUGAAAAAUUGCUAUUAACAAUAAAAGUUUUUUUAAUGUA